GAGCGCUUCGACGUUCAAAACGGAUUUUACCGCCAAGAGCGAUGCACACAAAACAUGCCGGCAGACGGAGAAGUUGAAUUUCAACGAACACAAGACAUGCGACAAAGACCAUGAGACGGCAAAAGCAACCCAGACGACAAGCUGCGAUGCUGUGGCUGCCAUGGAGAAGACCAUGUAUGAGUACAAGUCCACUUGCGAAGUGCAAGCAGGCGAGACCUUUGAGGCUUUCCACACCCGGAUUAUCAAGGCAUCACAGAAACAUCUAGCCGACUACAAGACGGCGAAGUCAGCCUGCGAGGAUGCCAAGAAGGCGGUGGAAGAAAAAGAAACAGAAUGCACCACUGCGCUGAAGACCUACGAGUCUCAGAAGACGAAUU